AUGCUGCUCCCUCUGCUGCUCCUGCCCUGGGCAUGGGGGGCCCUGGCCGCCUUCCCUCCGGUCCCCCCAGGGACUGUCACCCUCCGGGUGCUCCUCACCGCCCUGUUCCCGGACGCCAGCUCUGCGCACAUACAGGUGAAGGCCCUGCUGGGCGACCUGGAGACCCACUCCCUGAACUGCAGCACCUGCGAGAUCCGCUUCCUGCAGCCCUGGGCCCAGCAGGGCCUGACCCCGAAGCAGUGGCAGGACCUGGAGCUGGUGAUCCAUCGCUCCCUGUCCGACUUCAUCCUUACCGUGAACACAAUAGCCCAGCAGCAGGGAAAGGGCUACCCCUUUGUUACCCAGGGCUCCCUCGGCUGCGAGCUGACCCCCAACGGCACCUCGAGGGGAUUCUAUGACACCGCGGGGAAUGGCGAGGACGUCGUGAGCUUCAACGUGGAUGUGGGCACCUGGGUCGCUCGGUCGGAGGAUAAGCUGGCGCUCAACGCCCGGGACCUUCUCAACUGGGAUAAGAGCGCGUCCACCAGGCUUCAGUUUUUUUUUAGAAUAACUUGCAUCUAUCUGCUCAAUAUGUUUGUCCUGUACGGGAGAGAGUCUCUGGAGAGGCAAGAGCGGCCGGUCGCUGUGGUUUUCCCCCAUGAAAUCGGAGUCCCAGCGCAUCGCAACCUGCUGGUUUGCUCCGUGUCAGGGUUUUACCCUGGGGGGAUCGAGAUCAAGUGGCUGAAGAACGGGCAGGAGCAGACGGGCGGGGUGGUGUCCACGGAGCUGCUCCAGAACGGAGACUGGACCUUCCAGAUCCUGGUGAUGCUGGAGAUGAGCCCCCAGCGCGGGGACAUCUACACCUGCCAGGUGGAGCACAUCAGCCUGCGGGACCCCCUCGCGGCGCACUGGGGUAAGAGCCUCUGGGUGUAG